AUGACUCAAUUGAACCUUACAGACGCACGAAUGAAUCGUAAUAGUCACUUCUCCUUAUCGGGCGAAAAAUUCGUCGGGUCGUCCACAAAAACAAAAGCGCUAAGCGCUGGUAAUAUCUCAAAAGUGUUGCCAGCAACAAAAAAGAAGCCUUAUCUCACACACGCAAUUUGCGUCGACGAUUUUCGUCUCUUCCUCUCAUUACCCUGGCGUGAUAUAUUUGCGUGUUUAUUACAGCAAUUACUUAGAGUAAAUCUCACGUCCUUCCUGCCCCCUCUGCCCCCUCUGUGA